UGGGGAAUGACAAUAUGGCGGACCGAUGGCUUCAAAGCCUCAAUGGUCAACCAUAACAUCAACAAUCUAAGGUUUAUGUAUACAUAAUUGAGUCCAGCUGGCACACAGGUCAGUACAGACGGUGGUGACUGUCAUGUGAGGUAUGGAAAGUAAACAAACAAGCAAAUAGGCUAUAGCGCUAAUCAGAUACAGCACAACAACCAUGGGAACCCCCAUGAUCUGAGGUUUCAGAUCGCGAUGAAAGUAGCCUGGUCCUUGGCCAGUUGAAAGGACAUAUUCUAACUGCUGGGGCUUUUAUCAGACUCACAACUGCCCUCAACCGACACGAAGAAUGUAAUUGCACCGUUACCCAUCGGCAAGGGACUUCUGGCGGAAUGUUUUUGGCGGGCACUUCGGCGACCCAGGUGUUUUAGGACAACGUCCGCGGUUCGGCUGCCCUGUUAUCGCCAUAGCCUAAUAUAACAACACAUCAGCCUUAACCGGCGUCUAGCCUGCUUUACCUUCGAUAGUCAAUCGUCGGCGCUUGCAUGCUCUACUAAAGUUAGUUUUCCAAAAGGUCGGAUUUACAAUGAAAGCCGAGACUGGGGUCAUCCUAGUCAUGCUUGCUGCUUUCGUUUAUGUUGCAGCACAGGAUGCUGAAGCCGAGCAAAAUGUUGUGGAAGAGUUAUUGGUGGAAACCUUGGUGAAACCCGAAACUUGCUCUAUAAUGUCAGAAAUGGGAGACACGCUACAAAUCCACUAUACGGGUAAACUGCUGGCAGAUGGCAAGGUGAUUGACUCAUCACUGUCCCGGGACCCCCUUGUUGUUGUGCUGGGAAAGAGGACCGUUAUCCCUGGUCUGGAACAGAGCUUGGUAGGAGUUUGUGAAGGACAAAAAAUCAAGACUACUAUUCCAUCACACCUUGCCUAUGGAAAGCGAGGAUACCCUCCCACCAUCCCAGCUGAUGCUGCCCUAGAGUUUGAUGUGGAGGUGAUGUCACUGAUCCAGGUAACCCCAUGGCAGAAGAUGGUGAAUGAUGUCUUCCCUCUAGUGUGUCUGGGCCUGGUUCCCACUCUGCUGGGCAUGGUGGGCCUCUACCUCUUUAACAAGGCCAAUGCCCAGCGGCCAGGCAAGAAGGCCAAGAAGAGAAAGAAUAAAUAAAGGAAACUCACAGAACUAUUUAAAUAAUAAAAUGUAAAAACAA